AUGGAAAGUGGAGACGAGCGACCAUAUCGGUCUCACACUAAGCCAGCAUGUGUACCGUGUCGGCGGAGGAAAUCACGAUGCAAACUAGAGCCCCAUACCCCGGCCUGUUUGAUGUGUCGUGCGCACGGCACAGAAUGUACAUUUCCCAACGCGAGAGCAAAUUCAACACCACAGAAGAGAUAUUCCACAGAAACGUGCCCACGACUACCACACCCAACAUUACGAACACCAAUUGUAGCUGCCCAGUCACUUAGUCGACCGGCUGUGGUAGCUACGUCGCCGCAAUUCUCGAUUGUCACACAAGCUCAGAACGAUCAGGAUACACCGCUAUCUCUUGAGGCCGAGGAUGACAACCCCCAUAUCCUUGGUCCGGCAGUGACUGGGGAUAAUCAUGUCUUGGCCGACUAUCUGUCUAAUAUUUCGGGUGGUCAAGGAAUACGUGAAAUUCGUCCCGUUGAGCCGGGUACUUCCUCGUCCCCAGUUAUAUUCACGAAAGUGCAGAAAAGGCCGCUGGGGCUCAUGGUGAACUCUAGUCCGGCCUUGCAUAAGCUGCAGACUAUUGAAAAGCUUGUAGAGCCAUGGGGACCACAUCUGAUAGACAUAUAUCUGAGAAAGAUCAACCCUUGCCUCCCAUUACUUGAAGAAAGGUCCUUUCGAGCGCAAUACACAAAUGCUAGGCAUCGUAUUUCUCCUGCACUUCUGGCGUGCCUGUAUGCCCACGUGCUUACCCAAUGGCAACACGAUCCCCUUCUAUCGAAAGAACGGUGUCCAGAUGUUCGUUUCGUCUGGAACCUUGCUAUUGAAGCCUCGUAUUCCGAGUUGCACGCAUCAGCUGGGAUAUCCACAAUAAAAGCCAUCCUGCUAGAUGUUGGCGGCCGUCCAACCACAUCUAUGACAGGCAAUGGAGUAAGACUCGGUUCGGUUGUUGCAUUGUGCCAUUCCCUAGGGUUAAAUCGAAACCCACUACCUUGGGAUAUUCCCCAGGAGGAGAAGCAUUUAAGAAUGAAGAUAUGGUGGUCCAUAUUACUCCAUGAUCGCUGGUCAAGCCUUGCUUACGGAACGCCACCUCAUAUCAGAAGAUCGCAAUAUGACGUACCAUUGCCAAUAUCUGAAUACCUAUCAGAUUGGGAACGAGAUCACGAAGCAAACGCAGUUUUCAUCGAGCUCAUGAAUUUGACCGACGUGCUAGACCACUGUCUGGAGCAAGUAUACACCAUCCGCACCGAGACCCAAGGAUCAAACAGGAAUCUUGAAUUAGAGUUAAACAAAUGGGUGGAUUCACUCACAGGCGACAUCCGCAAAAUCAUCAUCCGCGGCUCAAACCUGAAUAUCCCUGGCGCUUCCAACCUCCGUCUGGCAUAUCUGGCUACAAAACUCCUCCUGCGGCGCAUCGACUUAGAUCGCGAGCGGCAAGCACAAGAUUCGAAUGCCGAGCAGAUGGCAAACCGAGUUAUGGAGGCACGCAGAACCGCGGAGGACAUUGUGGUUCUGGUGCAGGAACUCGGAGAAACACAAUUGGGUGAUUACUGGCUACCUGUCGUAGCAUUCACAUUUUCAGCAACGGUGACGUUUUUGAUUCGGUGUGCACUGGAGACAGAGCAGGUGGCGGGUCUUGCACAAAGUGGUUCUCUGCGAAUGGCCAGUGACCUUUUGGAUUCGUUGCGGUCGCACCACAAGCAUUUUGGGUGGGAUCUGGGUGAUAUUUGCCUUGCGCAGCAUUCAGAUGUCAUUGAUAAACUGUUGAAGUCAGAGCCACCGGCGGAGAACUCAGGGGAGACGGAUGUUGAACUGCGUCAGCAUUUCGUGCCAGAUAUGGCCUUUGUUGAUGAUAUGUUCCCGAGUACUUGGGAUAUACUCCAAAUCAUGGAGUGA